CAAGAGUUAAAGACGCUGCAGAAGGAGGGGCAGAAUGCAGUGGAGGAGAAGCGCUUCCUGCAGCAGAGAGUUCAAGACCUGGUCGCACAACUACUGCUUAAGGAGAGUGAAGCUCAGACUGAGCGCAUGCGGAGGGCUGAGAUGCAGACGGCUGAAGUGCAGACUGAGCAUGUGCAGACUGAGCAUGUGCGGGCGGCGGAGGUGCAGACUGAGCAUGUGCAGACUGAGCAUGUGCAGACUGAGCGUGUGCAGACUGAGCGUGUGCAGACUGAGCGCGUGCAGACGGCGGAGGUGCAGACUGAGCAUGUGCAGACGGCCCUCGUGGAUCAGCUGUCAUGUCUAGCCACCAAAAUGGAGUCAGUCAGGCGUCUAAGAGCCAGCAGUCCCAGCAGCACAGUGGCAGACACGCUCCUGGAAGCUGUAGAUGUCGUCACCGGCAACUGCAUCUCAGCCCCUGCUGUCAUGGCAACGCUGGAUGUGGGGUGGGCGGCGUUUGAGCAUGCUCAGGAGAUGCUGAAGACCUGCAGGCAGAGAGAAGAACUGGGGGCUCUCGUGAUCUCUCGGGACCGGCUGCGUGAGGAGCUCUCGAUCAACGCUGAGACGUUCCUGCAGGAGACCAAUGAGCUGCUUAUCACUGCCCGUACACACACACUGGAGGAGCUGCUGGAGAGUGUGCGAGGCGUGUGUCCGCCGGGUGCAGUGGCGAAGGGUGUCCAGCAGGGGGCGUUUGAAGAGCUGCGGCUGUGGAGGAGUGGCUGGCUGCAGAAGACCAGCGCUGUCCGUCAGCACACAGACCACGCCCUCUCACACCUGCGCGGCUACCUGGCCAACAGCCUGAAGCAGUUAUGUGCAACAGAGGAGGCGUCAGUGUGUGUAUCUGACGUGAGUAAGGGUGUGGAGAAACUGCUUGAGCUUGCUGAAACAGCUAUAGACCAGGAGCUGGAGAAUUCACAAUCUUCACAGGAGCAGCACACUGCAGACGCACAGAUUGUCCUUCACAGCCACCGUAGCCUCAUGCAGCUUGGCGAGGCAGAGUUGAGUCUGCUCAGAACCCUCAGAGAUACACACACACUAUGCUCUAAGUUUAAGCAGGAGGCUGUACAGUGGAAGGCUGGUCCCCCCUCUCUUACUGAACUCCUCUCCGUCAAGAAGAAGAUCAGGAGCCUACACACUCAACUCCGCUGGAAACAGAUGGAAGCUAGCUUUCUGGAAGAGGCAGAGGAACAGGAUCUGAUGGAGAUUCUGAAGAAGAAGGAGGAGGUCGCUGAGACCAGGAAGGCCCUUUUCCAGCACAUCAGCAUAGAGCAAAGAGAAUAUGAGAAGCUGGUCGCUUUGGCUGAAAAGUGUUUCCCUGAGCUUCCCCUGCUCCACCUUGAUGCAGACAUCCUCUCUUACAUGAGGUCUGGUGGUGUGUUAUUGAAGUCUUUGGACAGAGACAUGAUGGACACGGAGCCCAUGAGGGAGCUGAGUGGUAGAAGGCCUCUACUCUGCUCCGAGUACCUGGGACAAAGAGUCAUCCUGAAGGGCUACUGUGUUGAAGCGGAUGCAGAGGAGAAGGUUCUGGAAAGAGCCACGCUGUUCCGUCAAACGCAGAGGAACUGCCCCCACCUCCUCCCCCUACUGGGCCUCUUCUACGGGAAGAAUGAUCCGCUGGCGUACGUCAUGGUGUCGUAUCUGCCCAACAGCAGUCUGAGGCUGGUCCAGAAGAGGAGUCCCCUCACCAGCCCUGAGGUCGUCAUGGUGAUGAGGGGCGUGGCUGUUGGGCUGCAGGCUCUGCAUUCGGCCCAAAUUACCCAUGGUGCCCUGCACCCUGGCAACGUGUUCGUCUCCAACCGAGAGCAGGGCAUUGUGGGAGAUUAUGACCUCACAAAAACGCCAGAGCAGAGGGGUGUUGAUGGAGUCAUGAAGGCUGGAAACAUCAGCCUUCUUCCCCCGGAGUACCAUCAGGCCGGCAACACACACACCACUGCAGCCAGUGACAUGUACGCCUACGGCUGCUUACUGCUCUGGCUGCAUCAUCCGGACUUUGAUGGAGCCAUGGAAUCAGACUCACAGAUGCUGGACACCAGUGCACUGAACCUGGAGCCCCACCUCCGCACUCUCCUGUCGAAGCUGCUGAUUGGCUGUGGCCGGCUGGCCGCCGCUGAGGUUCUGAAGGAGCUGUACUUCGCCGUGUAAUAAGUGUUUAGUUUCGUGUUUAUUGUUUAUGUUAUUGUUAUUGUUUAUUGUUUCUGUUUAAUACUGGACCUUUGACCCUUUUUAAGUUCUGUUCUGUAGUUGCUGGUGUUUGUGUUGUUGUUGUUGUUGUUGACGAGUUGGCCGAGGGGUUGUGUUGUGUACGGGUCAGUGCCGGCUCCAGAGAAGAAUAAAUCUGAGGAGGCCUGUGAGGCCGGGUCACUCACA